AUGAAGGCCCCCGUUCCCGAUCCACUCGCGAACUCGACCCUUCUCAACAACACCGUGACCUUCACAGAAAGGCACGACCUGCCAAAACUCGCGGCAGUCCCCGUUCCCAAAUUCGAUGGGGACCAGGAAAAUUGGGUUCUCUGGAAGGCCACUUUCGAAGCGAUGAUCCAUGACCGUCCGGGGUUAUCGGGAGUCGUUAAGCUGGAUCAGCUUAAAAACGCGGUUUCGGGACUGGACCUGCAGGUUAUCAACGAGUUUUGUCGCAGUCCCUCCGAUCAAAACUAUCUCGCGGCUUGGGAAGCUUUGUGCAAGGCUUACGACCAACGCCGCGUGAUAGUGAAUGAACACUUUGACGCGCUGUUAAAUUUAGCGCCCCACCCGAAGCCUACAGCUGACACCACCGCUGGACUGAUGUACACCGUCCGCCAGCAUAUCAGUAUGCUGAAGGCGAUGGAAAUCACCAUCGGUGUGGAGGUUGUUGUGCGAAUUCUGGAGAGAUGCUUGCCAAAAGAGAUCCUCGAAAAAUGGAUAGAGCAAGUAUCCAGUGGUAGGUAUCCCAAGUUAGAGCAGUUUUAUAACUUCAUUCAAAAUUCCGUUUUCAAACAACGGCAGAUAGACAAAGCUCCCAGUGUGGCGCAUCCCAACAAGCGGCCUGGAGGUAAGAAUUCAGCUCCCCCAGCGAAAAUGUCCAAGCCCACUGCCCGAUCUCUAGUCACUACGUCGACUUCAUCGAGCAAUUCCUGUCCGAAGUGCGGACAAAAUCAUAGGCUCUAUUCAUGCGAAGAAUUCAAAAAAGGUAGCAUGAAAGAGAAAUGGGACUUUGUCUAUGCGAACAAGCUGUGUUGA